UUAGAGUUAUAUGAUUACGCCAUUAAUACGUGACCAGCCGCGCCAUAUUUUUAUUUUCAAUUAAGAAUUCACUUGCAAUUCUAUCAUUGAUUGACUUGACGUCGAAUUAAAUAUCGAAUAAUUAUUAUGGACAGUGCAAGUGCAUACAUGUAUGAAAUGUCAACACCCGAUCCUGAUGAAGUGCUGGACAAUGGAUUACUAUCAGAACAUCCAACGUUAAACGAUUAUUGUUGGUUGAUGAUAUUCAAGCAUCUUUCGAUAGGAGACUUAGCCAAUUUUCGAGCGAGUUUCAAAGAUCUUGCUACUGUAACGGACAUGGAAUUUAACAAAGUGACACACGGAUCUUUGCUAUUUGGAUUUGAUGACAACGAGAACAUGAUCGAAGUUAUAAAACAAUUCGGACAUCUCAUAAAAGAUUUGUGUUUCGACUACGACAAGCUGCGAGGAAUAACAUGGAAGGAAAUAUUCACGGCUAUGGGUGAAAAUUGCAACGACAAUUUGAAAAAGUUGAGUCUCGGUGGUCGAUCUCUGCUAUUCAUGAAAAAGGAAGACAUUUUGCCGAUUGAAAAUAUUUUGAAAAAUAUCGAGACACUGGAAUUUGAUAACGACGAUGACAGUCGACACCGGUUUCCCAAACAUUAUCUUCACAUUUUGUCACACUGUGAAAAGUUGCGAGAGCUAACUGUAAUUGGCGUUAUAGACAUCAAUUUGCACAAGACUUUGUUCGAAAAUAAUCGGAAUCUGUUGAAAUUGAAAUGGUUCGGUCCGAAAGAUAGUAGCGCUCUGAAAAACAUCGUCGACAAUUUGAUGCAUACCCGACUGGAAGAAUUCGCCAUAAGUUUCAUGCAUAUGACGCCGUUUAUGAGAAACUUUUCCGAAUUCCUGCGAUUGAGCCACUUGAAGCGAUUGAGCAUCGACUGCAAAUUUGUCGAUCUCACCGAUUUCCUUUCGGAUAUUGAUACUGUUGACAAUUCGUUAACAUUGCUGACACUAUCGUUUGCUCGUCUCGAUCACAAGAAUAUUGGAACAUUGGGCCGCAUCAAACGACUCAAGGUUAUUAAACUUUGUGACGACUGUAUAAUGGCAACCACAUCGUACAUCAUAUCGUUGCAGAUUUUGUGUGGAAACAGAAACGUCGAACAUCUUUUGAUAUUUUGCUGCGAUAAAAUUGGCGCCAUUGACGAAACGAAUUUCCUCAAAAUUGUCGAUAUUCGCAAGCGAAUAGGCGCUGAAAAUUGUUUGCAUCUGACGUUGAGCAGAGACAUUUAUAAUACUAGCUUAAAAGCUAUUCCGUCUGAGUUGCUUGAGGCAAAUAAAGACGUUCUGAAGUUGAUCGACGAAUAUGACAGCGAUUAUGAGUACAAUGAUCUCGAUGAUUUCUAAUCGAUUAAUUCCAUUUCACGUUUUUGUUUUACUUUUUUUUGUUUAAUCUAGAUUUUGAAGUUAAAUAUUUUCAAGACAUUACCUUUUCUGGUAUAAUAUGCGUUUGUUUCGAAAAUAAUUUGCGUUUAACAAGCUGAAUCUUUGUAUACGAACGUUAUGAAUACAAGUUACGUUUUUCACAAAC